AAAUGGGUACAAUAAUAUUUUCGAAGAGUUUGGGAGCUCUUAAAACCUACCUUUUCCCACUUCCGAGUUCUUCAUUCCCCUUACGCAACAGAAGAGAAAAAGCUGUGCCCAUUUUGCUUUCUAAGCUCAAUUUGCAGUCUUCCGUUUCCAGUUUCAAUCUUCAAUGUCUGCUUCAAUCCAAUUGGAGGAAGAGAUUGAAGGAGAUCAAAUUGGCUCCAAAAAUUAUCGUUUCUCCAGAAUCGGUACACCCGUUCCUAUAAAAUCAGGCGAAGAUUCUUCCUUUGAUAUCGAAAAUGAAUGUCCUCCUUUGCAACCCUUAGUCGUCUCUGAACGCUUUCGUCUUCUCUUCGUUGCACACUCCAAUGGGUUUUGUGUUGCGAGAACAAAGGAGGUUAUGACAUCUGCCGAAGAGAUUAAAGAGAAAGGUACUGGUCCCUCUAUACAAGAAUUGAGUGUUGUAGAUGUUGCUAUCGGAAAAGUCUCAAUACUUGCAUUGUCUGGAGAUGAAUCCUUGCUUGCCGCUUGUGUUGGCAAUAAAAUCCAUUUCUACCCUGUUAGCGCCCUUCUUUACAAGGACCAAACACCAGCCUUUUCUCAUUCUCUCAAUGAUUCAAGUAUCAUCAAGGAUAUGCAAUGGGCUAAAAAGGCAGAAAAGGUUUAUGUUGUCCUCGCAACUGAUGGAAAGUUGAAUAGCGGGGUUGGUCAAAGCCCCAUUAAACAAGUUAUGGACGAUUGUGAUGCUUUUGGGUGGAGUCCGGAUGGCGAGUUUAUUGCCAUAACAAGGAAGAAUUUGGUUAGCAUUCUAUCAUCAAAGUUUGAGGAGAAGUUCAGUAUAUUACUAUCAUUUAAGUCACUGCUUGAUGAUCUUAAUGCCAAAUACGUUAUCAAAGUGGAUGUUGUCAGAUGGAUUCGUCCUGAUUGUAUUAUAAUUGGAUGUCUUCAAGUUAAUGAUGACAAUGAAGAAGAGGAAAGUUAUGCGGUGCAAGUCAUCACAAGUGAGAAUGGAAGAAUAACUAAUCCUUUAGCUAAGCCGGUCGUAAGGUCCUUCAGGGAUGUAUUUCUUGACUUCCGUUACGAUGCAGUUCCUUCAUGUAGUGGACCUCAUCUCUUCUCGAGCUAUUUGGAUCAACAUCAGCUGGCAUUUGUGGCUAAUAGGAAGAAUUUGGAUCAGCACAUACUGCUGUUUGGAUGGUCAGUUGGUGAUACAAAGAAUGAAGCUGCAAUUAUUGAAAUUUUGAAUGAUAAUUGGUCUCCAAAGAUUGAGGCUCAUGACAUUGGUGAUGAUAUCUUGAUAUUGGGACUUGCCAUCGACAAAGUUUCCCAAAAUGGGGAAAUUAAACUGUUGCUUGGUGAAGAAGAAAAAGAAGUUUCACCAUGUUGCCUUCUCCUUUGUCUUACCAAUGAUGGAAGACUUUCCAUUUUUCAUUUUGCUAGUGCUACUGCUGCUUCAGUGUCACCCCAAUCUACUGAUUUUGAAGAGAAAAACAACUCUUAUAAAGUGGCAUCAUCACAAGAUUUGGUAGUUGAAUCUUCCAGUGCUAGGAAGCAAAUCAACCAAGUAGAUUCAGCACUGCAACCCCAUGAAAUAGACAGAGGUCACAAAGUUCUUGCCACAAGUGCUCAAUCAUCUGUUGCAGAGAAAUUUAGCUCAGAAGAAGCGAUUAAAACCACUAAUCAGAACCAAGGUGCAAAUUUGAUGCUGUCUGCAUCCAAAACAUUUGUGUCUGUGGAUGCUGGAGGUGUGAAUAAUUUUAGGACACAAGAAACUGAAAAAAAUGAGAAAGCUGGAACUUCAGUAUCAAUCAGUUCUUACAAGCAAAAAGCGAUGACGGGAGCAGGGAGUAUUGGAUCAUCACCUGCUUUUCCAGGCUCAAUGUUGCAAUCACAGAAAGGUUUUCUGUCGGAGCCCUCGAAGCUGCACUUCACCAGGGAGACAAGUGAAGGAACUCCAUUAAAGCAAUUCCAUGAUGUUGAAGAGAUGGCCAGGAAAUUGGAUGAUCUUCUAGAAGGUAUAGAAGGUGAAGGUGGGUUUAGAGAUGCUUCCAUCCGUGCUCAAAGCAGUUCAGUUUUGGCAUUGGAGGAAGGUAUAGAGAGUGUAUCGGAGAAAUGCAGGAUAUGGAGAGCAGUAAUGGAUAAACAACUUGGGGAGGUCCAGCUUCUCCUUGAUAAGACAGUACAAGUUUUGGCAAGGAAAGUAUACAUGGAAGAAAUAUUUAAGCAAGCUACUGAUGAACGGUAUUGGAAUCUCUGGAAUCGCCAGAAACUAUGUUCUGAGCUGGAGUUAAAGAGGCAACAUGUAAACGAAGUUAAUAAGAGCUUGACCAGCCAGCUGAUUGAAUUGGAGAGACAUUUCAACACUCUCGAGUUGAAUAAGUUUGGCGACACUGACAGGAUACAAACAAAUAAAAGAGGUUUCCAGAGCAGGCCUGGACAACCCAGGAAUUUUCAGUCCUUGCACAAUUUACGUAAUACAAUGACUACACAGCUAAUAGUAGCAGAGCAACUUUCUGAAAGUCUCUCGAAACUAAUGACUGAUUUGAGCAUAGAUUCUCCUGCAAAAGGUCAGAAUAUUAGGAAGGAAUUGUUUGAAACAAUUGGUUUACCCUAUGAUGGUGCUUCUCACAAGUCUCCAGCUAGGGAAAAGGCUGAAAAUACACCUUUUAACAAGGAACUAUCAGUCUUUCUUGCUGUUAAAGAACGAUCCAGGAGAAAGAAGCCAAGUCCUGUGAAGAGCCUUGAGCCAGAGACAGCUAGGAGACGCCGUGACUCACUUGAUCGGAAUUGGGCAAGCUUUGAAACUCCCAAAACAACUGUGAAAAGGAUUGUUCUUCAAGAAGAUCGCCCGAAGGAAACUUCAAAUAAGUCAUCUUUGUCACUGGAUAAGAAACAUCACCAGUCUAGGAUGCGCGAGAGAUCAGCGACUGCUCAAUCAAAUAUCUUCAGUGCCUCUUCCAUCUCUCCAGAGCAAGUUAGAAGCCAAGAUGUACUUCCAAGACAUGCAGCUGAAACGCCACCAAUGAUUUCUCCAGUAUCUUCACUGCAGCAUGAGUCACAGUUGACCGGAGUUACUAGCCAAUAUGGUUUAGUAGAUACUCACAAUCUUGCUACGACAAGAUCAGGCAGAAGCACAAUACCACUUAAAGAUAUUGUGCAAACAGGUGGACCAGGGGCUAUUCAGCAAUCAGGGAACAGAAUGCAGCAACCAAAUUCGUCAGGUCCUCCUGCACAGACAUUGGCCCCAAUCAAGUUUACAAUUGAUACUUCAAAUGCUGAUGGUAAACCUGGAAUCACCAAACCCAAGUUUACAAUUGAUACUUCAAAUGCUGAUGGUAAACCUGGAAUCACCAAACCCAACUUUACAAUUGAUACUUCAAAUGCUGAUGGUAAACCUGGAAUCACCAAACCUGUCAGAGAUUGGAAAAAUGCACCGGUGACUAGUGGAAGUGCACAGUUUGAAUCUAACAGUAAUCUUAACUAUUCUUUACCAACUGCUGCUGCUGCGGCUAAUUCUGCCUUCACUCUGUCUGCUAAGUUUAUACACUCAGAAGUUGUGAAUAAAAGCCAAGGUAGUGAGAUUUCAUUAUCUGCCCAAGAAUCAACACAUAGUUCCUCUUCGCAUGUAAAAAUCAUGCCGUCAGCAUCUUUAUCUUCUUCACAAGAGCCAAUGUUGUCACCAAUAUCAUCCCCGUGGACAUCAUUCGAAUCCGUUUCUAAAGCCAGUAUAGGUUCCAAUCAAAAGAUCUCUCAAUCAUCAGUAGCUUCUCUGACGCAGUCGUCAUCUCUUCAAAGCACUCAAAAAUUGGAUACCUUACCCAUUACACCUUCUUCAGAUAGUACAAGGUCUGAGUCCCCAACAAUCCUGUCUCGACCUUUGGUUGCCAUACUUGAUAAAAAGGCUGAUACAAAUUCCGAUAAACCAGCUUCACUUGCGAAUCUAAGUACAAAGAUAGAUACACCACAAGAUCCAGCUUCACAGCCUGUGGUAUUGUUCAGUGUGCCUAAAUCACAAGCUGGACCUUUGGUACAAUCAAAUGAACAGUCGCCCAGUUUGAAAUCUGCAAGUCAGGUCCAUCCUCGUGCGGAAUCAAGUCAAGUCUCAAAUGUUGGUUUGAAUCCUAUACCUGGACAGCCAUUUUCUGGUUCUUCCAUUCCACCAUCAGUGAAGAGUGGUUGUUCAGAUGUUGUCACCCAUGAGGAUGACAUGGAAGAGGAAGCUCCUGAGAAUAAUCAGAUGAAGGAGAAUGCACUGGGUAACUUGGCUGGGUUUGGUAUUGGAUCUGCUGCUACUCCAGUUUCUACAAAACCUAAUCCAUUUGGUGUUAUGUCACCGAAUAAAGCUUCAUCUCCAGCAAACUCCUUAUUUACAAGUACAGCUUCAAGCAGUGAGUUAUUUCGACCAGCGUCAUUUAGUUUUCAACCAAUACAGCCACCUCAACCAUCAGCACCUGCAAAUUUUGGUGCCUUUCCUGGUAGCUUUAGCCUCACUUCCACGAGUCAGGCUCCAGCAGUGAGUGGGUUUGGCCAGCCGGCUCAGGUUGGACAAGGGCAGCAUGCUUUAGGUUCAGUUCUUGGUACUUUUGGACAAUCAAGGCAGCUUGGUGCUGGAAUACCCGGAACUGGUGUGGGAUCUGCAAGCUCUUUUGGCGGAGGUUUUAUGAGCAAUAGCUCUGCUGGUGGUUUCGGAGGUGGGUUUUCCAAUCUGAGUUCUGGUGGUGUUGGAUUCGGUGCUUCUGCUGCACCCAGUGGUGGAUUUGCUGCUGCUGCCACAGGUGCUGGUGGAUUUGCAGCCGCUGCCACAUCUGCUGGUGGAUUUGGAGCUGCUGCUGCAGCUGGUGGUGGAUUUGCUGCUCCAACUGGUGGUGGUUCAGGCUUUUCAGGUGGUGGUUUUGGAGCUUUUAGCAGCCAACAAAGUGGUGGUAGUGGCUUCCCUGCAUUCGGUGGGAGUUCAGCUACUGCAAGACCACCUUCUCAACUCUUCACACAGAUGAGGAAGUAGUUCCAUGCGCACAAAUUUUGAAAAGAAAAUUCUUAGGAAAGAAACAAAGGGGUAAAUGGAUGAUGUGAUAGAUGUUUUACUUGUAGAUUGUUGUAUUCUGGUUCAGUUCACUUUUGUGUUAUGAAGUUAGUUAAUCCGUGUUAUUAUUAGUUGUGGAUGAAGCCCAGUAAUGGGACUGACUCAACAGUGUUUCCUCUUUGCAUUCUUUCUUGUGUAUUUCAUGUUACUUGUGCACUUGGCGAGUUAGAGCAACUGAACUUAUCAUACAGCUUUGUCCAUGUCUGUCCUUCUGUCUAUUUUGGUUUGAGACUCUGGAAACUCAUGUUUUCCCA